AGAGAAGAUUAUAAGCUUUAUCUGUGUGCUUACAUUAACUGUAGGAGUGUUCCACCUCACAUUGUUGUAACUUUAGGGGGCCUUAUCUUGACAGUCUGAUAUAUUGGUUAUAACGUGUGACCCCUCCCACUUGGCUCCCACCUCGCCGUUUCGUCGACGUUCAUCGUUCAUCCACUGUACCUACUUGUAAGCCUACUUCCGAUCAACGGGGUCCGUGCGCCGUCGGGUCUGCUUUUCUACUUACAAAGAAAGGAACUAUCAGGAGGACCACACACACGCAGCCAUGACCAACCUUGGUAGCUCAAACUCAAUAUUUGCUUUGGACAUUUUCCGAACACUGAGCCAAGCGAGCCCAAAGGGGAAUGUCUUUCUGUCCCCUUUGAGUAUAAGCUCGGCUCUAGCUAUGGUGUACCUGGGCGCUAAAGGGGACACCGCCUCUCAAAUGCAGAAGACUCUCUCUUUCUCCUCUGAAGACAUUCACACAGAUUUCCAGACACUCAAUGUUGAUAUCAACUCUUCAUCGACUGCGUAUAUCCUAAAACUAGCCAACCGUCUUUAUGGGGAAAACAAUGCUCACUUCCUCCCGACAUUUCUAGAAGCCACCCAGAAGUUCUACAAUGCUGACCUGAAGGCAGUGGACUUCAUUGGUGCUCCAGAAGAUUGUAGAGUGGAGAUCAACGACUGGGUUGAACAGCAGACUGAGAAUAAGAUCAAAGAUCUCCUGAAGUCUGGUACUGUAACUCCCAUGACAAGGCUGGCUCUGGUGAAUGCCAUCUACUUUAAAGGCAUCUGGCUCAACCAAUUUGAAAAGGCAAACACCAAACAGAUGGUCUUCAAACUAAACCAGAACGAGAGCAAGCCUGUCGAGAUGAUGUACCAGAUGAAGAAGCUGCCCUUCAACUACAUCCCUGACUACAGCUUGCAGAUCUUGGAGCUUCCCUAUGUCAAGGAGGAGCUUAGCAUGUUCGUCUUGCUGCCUGAAGAGUCAACAGACGGCUCAGACCCACUGCUUAAGCUGGAGAAAGAACUAACACAAGAAAAGCUGGAUGAAUGGACCAACAGGGAAAACAUGGACACACAAUCAGAUGUCUUAGUUCACCUUCCUAAGUUCAAAUUGGAGGAAGACUAUGAACUCAAAGAGGCAUUGGGCAAAAUGGGCAUGACUGAUGUCUUCAUUGGGGGGAAAGCUGAUCUUUCUGGAAUGAAUAGGGAAGGAGGCCUCUUCCUGUCUACGGUGGCCCACAAGGCCUUUGUCGAGGUGAAUGAGGAGGGGACAGAGGCUGCUGCAGCAACAGCUGGCAUGAUAUCCUUUUGUAUGUUGCAAGAGGAGCACUUCACAGCAGAUCAUCCGUUCCUGUUCUUCAUAAGGCACAACAAGACAAAGAGCAUCCUGUUCUUUGGUCGGUUCUCUUCCCCUCAGUAAAUAAACAGGUUGAACUUUAUGCCUUAAGAUAAAGAGCAUCCUGUUCUUUGGUCGGUUCUCUUCCCCUCAGUAAAUAAAACAGGUUGAACUUUA